AUGCCUCUUCCAGAGACAGAAGAAGGCGAGGAGACUCCUCGGAUUUCUGAUGCCCCAGGGUGGCUCGAUAGGCCUGCGAGACAGGCCACGACCGGUAGCAUCUUCAAGCGAGCCAUGAGGCGCAAGAAAGCCUCCCCUGUUCGCCCCAGUUCUCUCGACAGCUCAAUUAGCGACGACCCCUCCCACACCGCAUCCACAUGUACCGCGUUCUUUAAACACUCCCCCCAUUCCAGCUUGUCCUCUUUCAUCCCUGCUUCUGAUGUGGACUUCGAAGCUGAAGAUGCGAAGGCUCUCGGUCAUGAGCGAGACUACUUCGUACAGAAAAAUGGCGAGAAGUUUCAUCCUUAUAAGUUGGAAGAGGCACCGUACAUGCAGGCGUACACGCAUAUGUCCUUCGACAACGACCGAAAGGCCUAUUCACUCCUACGUCAAUUGAUGCCGAAAGGCCCGUCGUUUCAUGAAUUUGGGAAUAAGCAUCCUACCAGGGUGCUUGACCUUGGCUGUGGCGAAGGCCAUUGGGUCGUGGACGCGGCGUCUGAAUGGAGAGGUGCAAGAGUCACAGGCCUUGAUCUUGUCGAUGUUUGCAGCAAGGAGUGGGAUGAACUCGAAAACGUUCAACAUCCACUGCCUUUUGAGAGCGCAACGUUCGACUUCGUUCGGCUUGCCAACGCUACGCUCUCAAUUCCUUUAGCCCAUUGGCCCUUCGUCAUGACUGAGAUCAGCCGCGUAUUGGCCCCCGACGGCACAUUGGAGGUGAUCGACGACCAGCUGUAUUUUCCAUCCAUACAACCAUCAUCUCCCUCCACAUCGACCUUCCCCACCAACACCCCCCCAGAACCUAUGUUUCAUCUUGACGUUGACGAUUCCGAGCCCGAACCAGAACUUGAGUCGGACUUUGACGACCUCUUCGCUUCUCGUCGACCUGUCAGACGCAAGUCAAGAAAGGACUCCCACGCAGAUGACGAACUGAGCCCUUAUGAUGCGUGGGCGAAGGAGAUGCAAAAUUGCCGUGGUGUGGAAAACAUCUUUUCGCGCAUGCUUACCGAGAAAUAUGGGAUCCACCCGCGACCAUCUGAGUUUCUGCCUACCCUCCUCAGCUCUGUCUUCGGCAAACCGCACGUCACGAAAGUCCCCCCUCUUCACGUGUGUCUCCCUUCGCGCGAGUUCUUGGCUCGAGAUUCGUCGUCCCCGGGGCGGAAGCGCGCGGACAGCGACGGGCGUAACGCGUGGCACAUCACUAUUGAGUGGGACAAAAAGGACAAGGGCAAGGAAAAGGAAAAGGAGAGCAGUCCGAAGAAGAAGGGCCAAGCGGAUCAUUUCAACGACUCGUCGUUCCGCACGACGGAGCUCCCCCCGUCACUCAGUAAGAAGGCAGCCGCACGCCUGGGGAUGAUGCACCUCUCGCCCUCGGGCGCUACAUAUCAACCCCCCGGCAUCGUCGUGUUUCCGUCGACGUUCAUUCCGAUGGAUCCCGCGGAGAUAGAGAUGCAUACAUGCCGACAUAUGCACACACUCAUGAGCUGUCACGUUGCUAUUGAGCAAUUCGUCUCGGAGGUCUCAGACGACGAUGGGAAGCCACUGAUCGACCCAAGGGAUAUGCAGGAUGCGUUGUGGGAUUAUGCCAUAUUCCGGCGCCGACGAUUUAACUGGCCUUCUGAAAUUCCCGAUCUGAGAUUCCAGGUGGAUGAGCACCCGCACCCUGAUGCGACAGCGGUCGAAAUUUUGGCUCACAAGAACCUCUGGCGCACCCAGAAACACGAGCGGGUUGCAAGUAUGUCCUCGACUCACAGCCGCCCCGCUGAAGUCAACCCUUCCUGCGACGCGGACGGCCUCACCUUUGUGCGCUCCAUACGCAUCUUCGAUGCCACGAAAAGCCCAGCAUUCUUCUAAUCACUAGCACCGACACCCACAGAUUCAUACCACCAACGUCCACAGAUUUAUCAUCAACCUACAACGACCAUCCUAGACUACCUGCUUGCUUUCUGGUUUCGACCUCACGACCUCAAUCUUUGGGCUUUGUACUGCUAUGUUAUAUUUAAAGGACGCUCCGCCAAGGAAUACGAAGAAUUAUGACAAAUGUGUAACUGGAUCGUUGUUUAUUCUUCCCAGACUCUCCUACCCCUAUUCUACAUCUUGCUGUCGUCGCUUUCUUGCCGCAUUGGCACGCAUACCUUAUCGCCUCAUCACUAUGCUAGUGAAACAUCCACUUUACAAACAUGCUUCUACUCAGAUUCGAGUUAAUUCUUGUUGUACAACAUUUGCGACAUUCGAUAGAUUUUUUCAACUU